UAUUUCCGUUGCAUAAUGUUGUUGAAUUUACUUCAGAUAUUUAUGUUUUGAGAAAAGGCGAUGAGAUAAAAAAACUUGGGUUUAUUUUCUUGCUUUUUAGUCAAGUAAUUUUGAAGUUUAUCGAGAAAUAAACUUUUGCGCGGGAAACUUAUCGUCAAUUAGUUCACUUCUAUGUUCUGUUGAUUGACAGCUAUCAAUCAAAAUGGAAGACGGAUUUGUCAAUUAUUCUAACGAUCAAACUCCUUCAAAUAACUUUACAACAAAUGGUUACGAGCAACCUACAUCAGGCAGAAAUUCUUACGUUAACUCAAGAUCAGUAAUAACUCCAACUUCGUACUUACACCUCCAAACAAAUACUGCACAGACACCACAAGAAAUUCAUAAGGAUUUGGUACUAAGUUACACAAAAGCCUUAAAUUAUUCUCUCACACCACGAGGUAGCGAUGCAGAGCUCAACUACAUCAAUCCACACAAUGUUGAGUUGCUGAGGUACAACAGACUUAGUCAAAGUUAUAAACAUAUCAAUAAUGUCGAUCAAAUACCAUCAAAUGGAGGGUAUUAUUACAACUCUAACGUGGGUGAGAAUGGCCAAACCACUUUAAUUUCGUCACCAGACUCCAACAAUAAGAAGCAUGUACCAUCAACCUACUGGAUGUUGGCGUGUGUGUCUUUUCUUUGUUGUUUUCCUGUUGGUUCUAUUGCAUUGUACAAAUCAUAUCAGACUGGAAAAGCCAUACAAAAUAAAGACAAUGUUUAUGCUGAAAAUUCAUCUGUAGUUACAAGAUUCUUCUGUGUACUUGCUAUUUUAUUUGGAAUGCUUUUCAUAUCAGUGGGAUCUGCACUUCGCCUGCAUGCUAUGUACGAUGAAAGAGGAAACUUCUUGUAGUGUAUAGUGGUAAUAUCUUGGUUAACCACAAAAAAGCCUGCACGUUAUGUAAAAUGACAGUCACAACUAGUUUCUUUUGGUUACUUUCCAGUUGUUAUUACUGGUUUAUACUAGUUGUCAUUCGUUGCUACUUGUUGCUACUGGUUGUUACUGGUUGUUACUAGUUGUCACUGAUUGCUACUGGUUGUUACUGGUUGUUACUGGUUGUUACUGGUUGUGACUGGUUGUUACUGAUUGCUACAGAUUGCUACUAUGUGCUACUGGUUGUUAUUCGUUGUUAUUCGUUGCUACUGGUUGUUACUAGUUGUUACUGGUUGUUUUAAUCAAAUCUCAUCUCUUAUGAUUGGUAAAUAAAGACAAUCUGUCAAUGGUGUGCUUCAAAGAUUAAAAGAUGUUUACAUGUCUAGCAUUUGGCUGUUUUAUUGAAUGGGAGUGGCGGAAAAGCAACAAACAUGGAUUGGAAAUCAAUCGUGACAUCAUUUGAAACAUUUAUAUAUUUUUAUAUAUUAUUUAUAUGAAUUGUUUUACCCAAGCAAACACACUUGUAAAUAUUUAUAUAUUUCUAAAAUUGUUUCAAUAUGCUUCAAAUAAAUCAGUCUUUUGCUAUUAAUCCGCAUAUCCAAUCUAAUGAUUUUCAGAAGACAUACCAGGUAGCUGAUACUUUUGCGUUGCUGCUAUCCUCACUAUCAACAAAUUAAAACAAAAAAAAUUCAAAAUUCAAAAGAACUUUACAUUUCCUUUGUAUGUUCAAGUCAUUGUUCUUUAGAACGUUGUGAUUAACCGGUGAAGGAUUCGUUGUGACAAAGCAAAGUUAAAUGCACUAUGAAAAAAUUUUGGAUGCUUCAAAAAGUUCUUAAUUUUAUUCUCUAUAACUGGGUAUACCCGGAUAAAAUAACUUGUAAAUAGGCUUGUUUUCUAGUUCAUAACUCUUUUUGUUUGCAUUUUAUUUCUAAGGGAGCACGGAAACUUGAUUUUUUUAUUACUAUUUUACGUUUGGAAAAUAUAAUUAGAACAAGAAAGAGAAUAUGGGAUUAUAAUUCACAACAUAAAAUAGAUUGUAGCUAGAUUUUAGAGCAGGUUAAGAUUACGAGAAAAAAGAUCUAGUAGAAGUAC